UUUUUUAUCAUUUGAACGCAAAGCACUGAUAUUCAUGCUCACAGUCAGUUUCUCAAGUGCAGCGUGAACAGGCAAGACGAGGGAUAAACCUUCAGUUUCCAUCCGUCACCCAAAUUACGAGAAACAUGUUUCUCUUGAAUAUCUGCAUCUAUGCCAGCCUCAUGCUGUCCCUCCCUCAGUGUACACAUCAGUCAUGCACAGAGGGGACACCCAGGCAGUGUGUAGAUGCAGAAUUUGCUCCAGGUACCAAUUUGGCCGGGGAAGGCUUUGAUAUCACCAAAAUGGAACGUAAGGGGGCCUUUGUGCUUGACAUGAAUCGAUGGAAACGCAAGGACAAAACAUGCACCCUGUGCAGCAACCCCUACCUGGAGAACAAAAAGCAAAAGCUCCCCUUGUCAGUGGUGGACUGGAGACCAAAGCAGUCCUGCAACAUGAAAGUAGCCAGUGCGCUCCACCGGUCCAGUGAGUCCCUGGUCAGUUCCAGCACCUCUUCUGUGGAUAACAACUGGCAGGCCAAUCUAGACGUUAAUGUGGGUAAAAAGGGUGCCUCGUUGAUGCUAGCUGGUACCCAUUCUAAAUUGGCUGAAUACUCCAUGGAAAAAACAAAGAAUGACAAGUUCAGCUUCACAAGCCACAGCAUGUCCUGUGAGUACUACAGCUACAGAGUGUCCAGCACUCACAAGUUGCACAGGGAAUUUUAUAAAGCAGUCAAACAGCUCCCCAAAAUCUACAGCCCUGAAUCCAAGCAACAGUUUUACAAACUGAUAGACAACUUUGGCACCCAUUACAUCACCAAGGUGAAGUUGGGAGGAAGAGUUCAAUCUGUGACCAGCAUCAGGCAGUGCCAGGCCAGCCUGCAGGGCCUCAGUGUGGAGGAGGUGCAGAUGUGCCUGGAAGUUGAGGCGUCAGCCAGCAUCAAAGCUACAGUAAAAGCUCAAACAAAACACUGCCAGAAGGACAUGGACAAGAUGGAAAUGAAGACAUCCUUCUCCGGCCUCUUCAACGACAGGUUCACAGAAAUAAAGGGGGGCCAUACCAUGGAGCCGGACCUUCUAUUCUCUGCUGACAAGGAUCCAUCAGCCUACAAAGAAUGGCUGAACACACUACCACAGAAUCCAGACAUAGUCUCAUACUCCCUGGACUCACUGCAUGAGUUACUGCCCACUAACAGCCCUGUCCACAAGAACUUGCGCUCAGCCAUUAGCCAUUACAUCCUGGAAAGGGGUCUGUGGAAGAACUGCAGUGACCACUGUCAGGCCGGCAUCAAGAGCGACCCACGAGAUACCUGUGUCUGCCAAUGCCACAAUGACCCUGCUGUAAACCAAGACUGCUGCCCAACCCGUAAGGGUAUGGCGCGGGUCAUCAUAACUGUACAACGGGCCUCUGGUCUGUGGGGAGACCACACCACAGAAACGGACGGCUAUGUGAAGGUGUCCAUCAAUGGGAUAAUGGUCCGGCGUACUCCUGUCAUUUACAACAACAAUAAUCCACAUUGGGCCACGAUUGUCGACCUGGGCACCCAGGAUUUGUCUUCAGGAAAUAUAGUGAAAUUUGAAGUGUGGGAUGAGGACAACAAGUGGGACGACGACCUGCUGGGACAAUGUGAGCAAUCUCUGUCUGCUGGAGUCAAAGAGGAUCUCUGCAACCUGCAUCAUGGCCAGCUGUUCUACAAAUUGGCGGUGAAAUGUGCUCCAAGUCUGAGUGGAGCUACAUGCAAAGAUUAUAAACCUUCACCUAUGAGUCAAAGUCUGAAAAGGUUGUAUGUGUCCCGUCAUGCACAUCCUGUUCCAAAGGCCAUCCUCUUAGAGAUGGGUGUGUUUGUGAAUGAAACAAGUUCACAGAGAAAUCAGAGUCUUACUCAAGGUUUUUCCUGCAUUGAGAAUGACAAGGCGGCUGACACUGUCAAAUUUCAUGGUGCCUCCAGCUCUCCAGAAAACUCUGAAUGGUAUCGCAAUGGAAAACAGUGUUUUCUGGGAAGUGUUGCGCUUGGUGGAUUUCUAUCAUUUCUAACUGCAAUCGCAGCAUUACGCCGAUAUAGUGGCACUGUCGUAAUUCGCACAGUCCACCGGGAAAGCACCACCAAAACUGCAAAAGAGGAAGAAAAGAUCAAUCUGAUUUGGACUGCAGAAAAGCAGGGGCCAGUCCAGUUCGGUGCGCCAUAGUGUUUCCGCUUAUAACAUUUUUGCCACCAAAAAAAAGAAAAAAGAAAAAAGUCACUGAAGAAAACAAAACUAUUUUUCCUGCUGUUUAAUGAUAGUUUUAUAUCAUCAAUUGGAGUUUAUUAAUGCCAUUGCAAACAGCAGCCAAAUUCUGGGUUUCUUUAGCUACUCCACACUUCUCUACAAGUGUGCCUGAACAUCUUGUACCGAGACUAUAACAUCUAACGACAACUGUAAAACAUUAUUCAUUAUAAUAUAUAACAGCAUGACUGCCACCUAUACUGAUAAAAGCAAAUACAUUUUACAAAAGGAAGUAAAAUUAUCAAAUUA